UUCGACUGGAAUCUCAACACACUUGUAUGUUUUACUGCUGUCCUGGUGUCAUAUGUAAUAAACAAUUAAAAAGUUAAUACAGCUAGAUAGCAUAUUUAUCCGAUAAAGAUAUGAGUUUGGAUACUCUGUUUCAACAAAUUCUACUAACCGAACAGCAAAUAUCGGAGAAAACGCGACAAUCUCAAGAGGUCAAGGCUGCUAUUGCAAGAUGUCAAGACAGGGUCAAGUCAUUGACAGCAAAAUCAGAAUGUCUCUCCAAGGAACUUGAUGAACAGGCUCAGCAUCUAUCAGAAACAAAGCUGCAGCAUGACCUAAUGAAAAAGCAUCAAGUACAAGUUGAAAAGCAGGCAGGGGAGCUUCUGAGACAGCAGAGGGAUCUCAGGAAACACUUGGAGAAAAUAAAGAAGUCGUCGAAGGAGGAACAGGAGAAUUUCAUGAAAGAAAUCAUGACUUUCAACAGCGACUUUAGCCUUUUGAAUAACAUGGAGACUGUGUUUGAGAGCCAAACCCAAUCUGAGAUACGUAACUUGGGGGAGGAGGUUAGCUCUUUAAACAAAGAGAUGGAUUCCAUGGGCCGAACAAAUACUCAGAUGAAGUCUAUGCAAGAAGAAAAGAGAGGUCUCCAUUUGGAGCUACAAGGACUGGAACAUAUUAUGAAAGACCUGGAGAGCCAGCUGAGUGAGGCUAAAUCAAUGACCGAGUCCUUAAGUGCAGAGAGUCUGAUGGUCACCCAGAAGCCCCUCACAGACAGCACUUGCUUAAGGUAA